AGUGGCGGUGCGCGCCCGCUCCAAGCCAGUUGUUGCUGCUGAGGAAGCUUCUCUGGGUGGGGGGGUUUGUAGCGGCGGCCUCUGUUGGGACUCGCCCCUCCACACUCCCGCCGCCCGUUGUACUUGGCGGCCUGAGGCGGCCCCAGCUGAGCACCAGCCGAAGGCGCGGGAGGAGGCGCAGGCGCGGCGCUUCCAAAAUGUCGCAGACAGCCAUGUCCGAGACCUACGAUUUCCUCUUUAAAUUCUUGGUUAUUGGAAAUGCUGGAACUGGCAAGUCCUGUUUGCUUCAUCAGUUUAUUGAGAAGAAAUUCAAAGAUGACUCAAAUCAUACUAUAGGAGUUGAAUUUGGUUCAAAGAUAAUAAAUGUAGGGGGUAAAUAUGUAAAAUUACAGAUAUGGGACACAGCAGGACAAGAGAGAUUCAGGUCUGUAACAAGAAGUUACUACAGAGGUGCAGCGGGUGCUUUGCUUGUCUAUGACAUUACCAGCCGAGAAACCUACAACGCACUUACUAAUUGGUUGACGGAUGCAAGGAUGUUAGCAAGUCAAAAUAUUGUUAUCAUACUGUGUGGGAACAAAAAGGAUCUCGAUGCAGAUCGUGAAGUUACUUUUUUAGAAGCAUCCAGGUUUGCACAAGAAAAUGAGCUGAUGUUUUUGGAAACAAGUGCGCUAACCGGGGAGAAUGUUGAAGAGGCCUUUGUACAAUGUGCAAGAAAAAUACUUAAUAAAAUUGAAUCAGGUGAACUGGAUCCAGAAAGGAUGGGCUCAGGAAUUCAGUAUGGAGAUGCUGCCUUGAGACAGCUGAGAUCCCCACGUAGAGCACAGGCUCAAAGUGCUCAAGAAUGUGGCUGUUAAAAAAACACAACAAAACAAACUGAACGCUUGUUUUAGAAACAAAAGAUGUCCAUGCAAUUGGUGUUUGUAGCAACAACUGACACAGCUUGAAGGCUAUGCAGUUUUUUUAAAACAUCUUUACUACUGUAUGUGAACAGAAAAACCACUGCUGGAAAAACACUACGGUAGGUGGUAGGCAAGAAUGUGCAUAUGACAUAGCAGACUGCAAUACAAACCUGACAAUUCAGUGGACAAUACUAAGACUCACCUGUAUGUAAACAUUUUCCGUUACAUAUUUUUGUCAUUCACCUUUAAAGUAUUGCUGUAUACUGUAUAUAAUGUAACAGUAAAUUUCCAAAGCAUGAUAUACUUACGUUUGAUAUAAUAAAUGUUGCACUAAAAGCAA